CUUAAAAGGCACAUUUCAGGGCAUGGAUCCAUUAGAUUACUACGCCCUUCUGAGGCUGGUCGAUGCACCAGGGAUUGUCCCUGGAAAUGGACCAGCAUGUCAAUAUGUACAGACGCCCAUCAAUUCUCAAGUCAAUGCAUCGACUCCCACAUGGACAUGUCCAGCUGGCCAAUUCUGCCUAUCCCCCAAACACUCGGCACCCUGUCCACCGGGGUUCUACUGUCCUGCAAACACGGCACAGCCAAUGUACUGCUGUCCAGGCUACUACUGCUCAUUAGAUACGACAACCAUCAGUAUCUGCCCUGAAAACCAUUACUGUCCCGCAGGAUCCGUCGGUGGAGGCACAUCUUGUUUGUGGUUGGCCUCUUGUCCGGCAGGUAGUUCCUCGGCCUCGAAGUUUGGUCUGAUCCUGUUUGUCCUCCUGUUCAUCGUCGGCAUUUGCAUCGUCUUCUAUAUCCACAAGCGCUUCGAGACAGUCAAGGCCCAUCAUCUGGAGAAACGCCUUCGCUGGAUCCACAAUCACAACGAAAACCACGACAAUCUCUUGGGUGCAGAUGAUGAGCAACAGGAUGGAGACGAGAGCAUAGACCAGGAGACCAAGUCGACAAAGACCUCGAGCAGCCCCGAUAUCAAUGUCACCAACCCCGACAUGUCGACUUCUGAACUGGUGACGAAAGAGUCUGUUGUCCAGAUCGGCGACGACGAGAGCGAUGCUACCAUGGUACCGUCAACCAAGAACCAUAAGAAGAAGACGAGCAAAGUCUCUCAGACAUUCGACAUUGAGUUUGAACACCUAGGUUUAACUCUCUCCAAUGGAACGUCUAUCCUCCAGAACGUGUCUGGUAUCUUGCGAAGUGGGAGGACGUGCGCCAUUAUGGGACCCUCAGGUUCGGGAAAGACAACGCUCAUCUCAAUGCUGACUUCCAAAAUCCCAAAGGACGAGGGCCGCAUCCUGAUCAACGGACAGGGGGAGGACUUGAGCUACUAUCGCAAACUGAUUGGAUUCGUCCCUCAAGAGGAUAUCAUGAUGCGCGAGUUGACGGUCCACGAUGUACUGUUGCACUCGGCUUACAUGCGUCUGCCCUCGGAUCUCAGAAGGACUCAGAUGACGGAGAAGGUGCUUGAGAUUGUCGACUUUCUGGGGCUGAACUCCGUCAUGGACUCAGUUGUGGGUGACGCAGAACGGAGAGGUAUCUCUGGUGGACAGCGCAAGCGCGUGAACAUUGGUAUGGAGCUGGUCACGGAUCCCAGUAUUCUUUUCUUGGAUGAGCCAACCUCAGGUCUUGACUCGAGUACCAGUGGCGAUGUCUGCAAGCUGCUCAAGUCGGUGGCUCGCCAUAAGGGCCUGACCGUUGCGGCUGUCAUUCAUUCCCCCAGCCCCAUUGCCUUUGACCAGUUUGAUGAUCUCCUAUUGCUCGGACAGAACGGUCGCGUUGUCUUUCACGGUCCUCGGACUGAAGCACCUGCUUACUUUACUGCUAUCGGCUUCCCUGUGCCUUCGAACUCGAGUCCCUCUGAUUUCUACAUGGAUGUCAUCUCGAAUAACGUCAAGUCCAAGAUCACAAAGAAAUUCAAGCCCUUCUACCUGUCCAGAUACUGGGAAUCGUACUGCAGACGUGCCCAAAGCUUUUACGCUGACCCCGGCACUGAAGUCGAAUACCGCUAUCCUUCGCCGCAUACAUCAAGGCCAGCAUCACCGCACCUCAAUCCAAGAGUCUCUGCUCUGUUGUCGUAUCCGAACUUGAACCAGUCUGCCAUCUCGAUCCAGCAAGGCAGCCAUGGUUUCCCAGAGUCGUUGGCGAUGACUAAUGUUAACAACAUGUCCUCGCUGGCACUGCCAUCUUCCGCAGUAAGCCCCACAGGGGUGAUGUCCUCAGCUUCAUCUGCUACUUUGCAUCCACCAACUCAGACUCAUCAGAAGCGCCUCAGCCAGCAUAAGUCUGUCACCAUGUCGCGGGAUUCGAUCCACCAAAAGUCCGCUGCCUCCUCACCCAGAGCAUCUAUGGCACUCAGCGACUUUACAUCGAUGUAUUCGACUCCUCCACCACCGGAGCAUCUGACCUAUUGGGAGACCCUCCAGAAAUCAGCUCGUAUCUUCUUGAUCGAGUCGCGCAUGUGGUGGAAGGGUGUCUUUGCCGAGACUGUCGAAACAGUGCAGGGAAUCCUCCUGAGACGCAAGGACCCCGUCCGUAACACUGCCAACCCGUUCAUGAUGUUCUGGUUCUGUCUGAACCGGGCCCGCCUGCAGAUCUACAGGAACCAGCGCCAGUUCCUCUACGACCAGCUGUUGCAUCUCGGAUGCGGUCUCUUUAUUUCCGUGGCAGCCUCUCGUUUCGAUUACUUGGGUCGACAGCCGGACAUGAUCUGCGCGAUGACACCCUUUCAGCUCAAGGUCAACUGUCAGAACCCAACGGACCACUUGACAGAGGUUGGUGUCUUCAUCGCACUAGGUGUCUGCUUUGCGGGUAUCUCUGUUGGCUCCAUGACCUUUGGCAAUGAAAAGAUUGUGUACUGGCGCGAGAAGUCCUCGGGCCUGCUCACGCUCCCAUACUACUUGGCCAAGGUCAUUGCGGACAUUCCUAGGAUCAUCCUUGCAGGAAUCAUGUUCUCCAUCUCGCUCGUCAUCUUCUUCAACCAGCGCUCGAACUACUUUUACCUGCUCUUCAUCAUCAUCAUGCUCUACGCUGUUGCGUUCGCGAUGGGUUACCUGCUGUCGGCGUUGGUACCCCAGAACCGGGUCUCGCUCGUCGGAACAGGAUUUACAUUGGCCUGGGCGAUCGUGUUCUCGGGCGAUGCGCCGGAUCUUGCGGACGUCAUGGCCUCGGCGUCUUCGGGCUAUACGGCCACGAGAUGGCUGUGGAUCAUUUCGGCCCCCAGAUAUGCGAUAGAGGCGAUUUAUCUGCGGGAGGUUCAGGCGCGUCCGUGGGAGGAGAUCAGGACACAGCCUCUGUCUCAUACGUACGAGCUUGGCCAGUUCUGGUGGUGCUUCCAGUCGAUGGCAAUAAUUUUGUUGGGAUGGCAUGUAUUGGCGUUCUUUAGCUUCAAGCUGAAGGAUCGGUCCAAACAGAAGUAGAGAUGGCUGCUCGCGAUGUAUACGGUCGUCCCCUUCUUCAGACCUUUUUCUUUUUGUUUAUACCAGUUCCUAAUUUCUCUCCCAUCAAUCCUAACCUUUUUUCAUGUCUUUAAUGACCCUUUCCUUUCCCCUUACAUACCACUACUCAUUAAUCUCGACCAUAGACAACUGUAGACCACUCUUAAUCUAAUAUCUAACCAUAGACCAUCCUCCAUAGAUCCUAAUCACCUUAUAAUG